AUGAAGUUCAUCGAUGAGCUUGACAUUGAACUUGUCAAUCAAACGCUGAAUUUCGAGACUAGCGAUUGCACCGUGAACGGUAGCUGCGACAUUUUUACCACGAAGGCAGUGGCUUCCGACAAGAAACUUUACAAGACCAUCGACAGACACUUGGACUCGCUAUUGGUUGAGAAUGAGGGCUUCAACAGUGCUGUACAGCAGCAAAUUGCACUCGAUAAUGUCGAUAACUUGGCCUCGUCGCCCACAGACCACCGGACCGAUACACACCAGCUUUAUAGCACACGUGGAGAAUCUGGCUCUCCUUCUUCUUUCUGGGAACAGAAGAGACGAAUCUCGGUAAGUGAAAACAACAAUACCACCAACAGUGGGAAUAGCCCCAAUGGGUUCGCCUCCAAGAGCUAUAAGCUGAACGAUCAAAACUUGAAAGAUCUCGUGAAUGCCGAGUCGUCCGGCUAUGUGAGUUCUUCGUCUACCGAGUCCCAUCCUCGUGCAAACGGCGCACUGAGGCGUACAAGCAGCUCCGGAAGUAUGGCUUUCGGUUCCAGCGUGCAAAGGAGACGGUCGUCAGCGCAUAAAGAAAGCGUCAACAUAGGUCCGUUCGGUCCGAUCAACGAAACCGCUAGUAGAAGAACUUUCGCUUAUCUGAUUGCCAUUUUGAACGCCUCGUAUCCAGACCAUGACUUUGCUUCUUUGGAACCCACAGACUUCGUCAAAAGCUCAAUGAAGUCUCUUAUUUCCAAGUUCGAAAACACUCUGAUAUCUUUCGGAAAGCAGCCUCAAGAGUGGAUAUGGGAGACCAUCAAUUCGCACAUGGAUGUCUCCGACUGUGCCAUCUACCGUUACAAGCCCUCAAAAUCUUUCUUAGACGAUGAACCAGGCCACCUGUGGAGCUUGAUGUGGUUUUUGUUCAAUAGGAAAAGGAAAAGAGUGGCGUUCCUUUACCUGAGUGUUUUCAGGCUGAAAAGCGCGUCAUCUGAAGAUAUGAUACAAUCGAGCCUUGCAGAAGAAGACUAUGACGAUCAAGAAAAAGGUGCUUCGAGUACGAGGCACAGAAGAAAGUUGACGAUUGACCAUGAAACGAAUACCUUUGAAGGCGAGUAUGACCUCACAUGUAACUCCAAUGACGAGGUUGCUAUUGAAGACGAAGAUGAUGCUAUGGAAAAUUAA